ACUGGACCAAAGCCUUGUAUAUUGUCAUUUAGUCUUUACAGCAACUCUAUGAGGUCAUUGUUCUCCAUUUUACAGAUGUGGAAACAGGCCCAGAAUGUCAAGUGGGGGUGGUGGUACCUGAACCCAUGCUGCUGAACUCGAACCUCUCUGGGGGGAGGAAGCAGGUAUUGAAGAUGGAUGGACCACAGAAUGUUGUCUCCAGUGAUGAUAGCUGUGUAGGUGAUGCAGUUAUAGAAAAGUACGUGGUGGAAUCCACAGAAUCUGCCUCUCAUGUUCAGCUGGCCUGCAGCGAGCCUUACUGUGCUUUUCCUCUAAAUGGACAUGAGCUUUGUGUUUGGAAUGCCAGGAGUCCUUCUGACCAGUUGCUAAGCCUAAGAGGACACCAUCAGUCCAUCACUGCGGUGACGUUUGGAAAUGAAGGGAGUCCGCUUCUGCUCUGCUCUGCAUCCCGUGACCGUGUGAUAGUGUGGAACUUGGAGGAAUGCAGAGAGGACGCACUUGAGGGGGCAGCUCCUCGAGGGACUGUCCUGGGCACGCUGCUGGGGAAGGUGCUUUGCCUACGGUUCAGUCCGGAUGAUCGUACCGUUGCCGUGUGCGCUGGGAAUAAAAUACUCAUGCUGGACGCCAAGGGCCCGUCUGUCCUGGCCGAGCUGCGGGGCCACCUGGCUCCUGUGACCGCGCUGGUGUUCUGUGCUUGGCAGGCAAACCUUGUCAUCUCAGUGUCUGAGGACAGAACCUUCAAGGUCUGGGACUGCCGUGUGGGGACAUCGGUGCACACCUCGCCAGUGCUGACAGCGUACCCUCUCCUCCGCGUGUUCGUCGACGAAGAGACGAAGCAGCUCGUCGCCGGGUGUGCUGAUGGCCAGCUUUGGAUCUUCAGUUUGGUUGAAGCACAUCAUUAUCGUUGUGUGACACGUGUUGACCUGAGGAAAAAGAGAGCGAGCUUCUCCGCCAGAAAGGUGCCGUCUGGACCGUGCGGCCUCUCAGGAGAGAGUCAGCUGUCCUCUAGAAAUGAGCAGGAAAAAGAAGAGAGGAUUGAAUCUGUAUUUCUUGUCCUGCAACUGGAACGCUGUGACCUGUCCCACAUUCUGAAUCCUGUGUGUGAGUGCCUGCCUUCUGAGAAUACCAAGUGUCUGUGGAUUGGAAGCUCGGCUGGCUUGUUCCUAUUUAACUUGGCAAACUUUGAAUUGGAAGCUGUUUUACUUUACAAAGAUUUUACAAGCCUCAGCAUUAAAGUGGCUGGAUCAUGUGCAAUAAUGAACAGAACGACAAAUGAAAAGGCCUUUUGCUUACUCGCGUCCAUGUUUGGAAAUGAGAUAGCCGUGUUGGAAAUCAACCUCCCUGCACUUCUGAGGUCUCAGCAGGGCUCUGGCGUGGGGAAGGGCCUUUCUGUAUUGGCAAGUUCCUGUGUCUUACCGACCUCUCCACUGUAUUUUGGAGCUGCUGAGAAGAAAAGUACUAAGCCUGUUGGUCAGAAGCAAUCUGCUGCCCGGAAUCCCGUCCAGGACCGGCCGCUAGUCUUCCACAGUAAAGUCCGGUCUUCGGGCUACACCGCUGCCCCUCAUGUAGCUAUGUCUUCACCAAAGACUAAUGUUAAGAAUGAUGGGAAAAGAGCUUCAAAGUGCAAGAACAGUUACAAAUGCAGAGACUAUCCUCUGGAGAGCUCCCUGCCAGCCCGCCUCCGCGAGCGGGUCGCUGUGGCCCAGGCACCCACCGCGGUGUGCCACCUGCAGUACUCAGGUGAUGGGCAGCGUCUGGCCUGUGGCUUAGCCAACCAUUUACUGCUCGUCUUCGAUGGCAGCCUUACUGGAGCGCCAGCUGCUUUUUCAGGUCACGACGGGCCGGUGAGUGCCGUCAGCUGGAGUCACGGCGGGGAGUGGUUGGUGUCCGCGUCCCAGGACAGGUCCCUGAGGCUGUGGUCGGCCCGCGGGGCUGCGCGCACGGUACUCCUGGGCAAAGACAUGUUCUCUAAGCCGAUACAGUUUGCACAGUUUUAUUAUGUAGAUGCUUUUAUAUUGCUGUCCUCUGGCCCGGAAUUGCAUCUACUGAAGUAUCAUAUGGAGACUUGCAAAGACGAGAUCAAAAGAUAUAAACAGAAGAGCAAGUUUAAACCAGUUCACAGGCUCUCUAUGACGAAUGCGACAGAGAUUACCAGCUUGUCAGCAGUAAACGAUUUCUAUUCCCAUAUCGUGCUUACGGCCGGCCGAAAUAGAACUUUAGAGAUUUUUGACCUCAAUGCCGGCUGCAGUGCAGCUGUGAUCUCAGAAGCCCAUUCUCGACCUGUCCAUCAGAUUUGUCAAAACAAAGGAUCAUCCUUUGCAGCCCAACAACCCGAGGCUUAUAACCUUUUCCUCACCACGGCUGUGGGGGACGGGAUAAAGCUGUGGGACCUGAGGACUCUGAGGUGUGAGCGCUGCUUUGAGGGACACGCAAACCGCUGCCACCUGUGUGGGGUUGCUCUGAGUGCGUGUGGACGGCGUGUGGCCUGUGGUGCGGAGGACAGACACGUCUACCUGUAUGAAAUGGGGUCAAGUACUUUUUCCCGCAGGCUGGGAGGACACACGGACACAGUUACCCAGGUGGCCUUCAGCCCCUCAGCUCCUCAGGUACAGCUUUACUCUGUGUAGGGCACCUCCGCUCCACACAGGUCUUGCAUCAAUGUUCUCAUGUCUGUUAGACUUUAUUUUGGUGAAAUUUUACUUCUAAGAAAACUUAACAAUUUUCAUUGAGUGUAGGAGAAGAACUUAGGAGAUAAACCUGUAUUCCGGAGGAAGAACAAUCUAGUGUAUUUUCUUCUGUAAGAGGAUACAGUCGGUGCCUCUGCACGUUUGACCUGACAGAAAUAUAGAAAGGUGUGGAACUGAGCUUUAGAAAAAUAUGGAUAUAUCUAUAGCAGGUAUGAUUAUAUAUUGCACUAGUGUGAACACUAGUUGAAACAGAAGGAAGAAAGCAAGUAAAAACAGCAUUUGAAAAUUAUUACAAAAGGAAUUUGAUGCAGAAGGAGGACCACAAAAUUUAAAGAAGCUUUCUUAAUUAGAAGAAAAGAUUAAAAGAAGACAGCAUCAAUUGCAAAUCAAUUGUAUGGAAUAAUAAGCAAUCAUUAUCAAUGUAGAGGGAAAUAUUUUGUAGAAGAGGUAAAAAUAUUUGAAUACUAAUUACUCUUGAAUAUUUGUGAAUAUCUUUCUAUUACAUUUUGUUCUUUUACAUUUGAAACCUUGAUUCAGAGAAUAAUAUUGUGUGCUU